CCUGCAGCCAUGAGGAGAUGCAUUGCUGCCGUCCUGCUGGUGCUUUCACUCGAGGCCCUCGCAGCCGGGCGCCUCUCCGCUGCCGUCGCCGACGACCGUGUGGACACCAUUACAUGAAUCCAUAUAAUGUUGGAAGAGCAAAUGUUGGAAGAGCAAAUGUUUUUGCUAGCUGCAUGUGAUAAUCACCCAAUACAUGAAUCCAGGUCUUGCUGAUGAAGUAGCGACGGAGAUCGGCGCCGAGAAGAGGAGGCCGUGGAAGUGCUGCGACAGCCCGUUGUGCAGCAGGUCGAUCCCGCCGCGGUGCCGCUGCAUGGACGCCGUCGAGCACUGCGACGAGGCCUGCACCCGCUGCGAGGCGUCCCAGUCCGACUCUUCCAAGCACGUCUGCAACGACCGGUACCACGGCUGGCCCGGGCCCAACUGCACCGACCCCGACGACAUCCCAAGCGGUCCAGGGGUCUCUGGUCCGCCGGUUGUCAGUCAAGCGACGGAGGCGGGGGAGGAGACCAGCGUCGUCGGCGGCGAGGAGAAGCCGAGGCCGUGGAAGUGCUGCGACGAGGCCAUAUGCACCAUGUCGUUCCCGCCGAUCUGCUUCUGCCGCGACAGGGUGAAGAAGUGCGCCAAGACCUGCAACAAGUGCGACAAGGACGAGUCCGACGCUUCCCGCCACGUGUGCGGCGACUCCUACUUCGGCUGGCCCGGGCCCAGGUGCACCAACCCUGACGACGGCCACGUCCCAAGUGGUCCAGGAGUUUCUGGUCCGCCGGUCGUCGGUCAGGAAGCAGCUGUUAGCGAGGAGAUCGCCGUCGACGGCGAGAAGCCGAGGCCAUGGAAGUGCUGCGACCAGACCCUGUGCACCAGGUCUGCCCCGCCGACCUGUUUCUGCCACGACAAGGUGAAGAAGUGCGCCAAGACUUGCAAGAACUGCCUCAAGGACGAGUCGGGCACUUCCCUCCGCGUGUGUGGCGACCCUUACUUCGGCUGGCCCGGGGCCAAGUGCCACAAGAUCUAACCUGGCGGCCCACGUCCGCCGCGAUGACUAGCUAGCUAGGAUGUCCAUGCACGCUCAGCUCUAUCCUUGCACCGGGUGAUGGUGAACGAAUAAAGUGAGUCGGCCGGCCGGCCGGUCAGUGACCUUGUGUACCGAGCCACGGAGUUCUGUAUCGCACUGUAGUAGGUGCGCACUUACGUGUUGUUUUCUUCCGGGUUGUCGUUGUUGUAGCGCUGGUAGUGUUUGGUUGCAUGGUCUCAGCAUCGAUGAUUAUGAUAA